UAUGACCUUGAUGGGCCUUGAAAAAAAAAAUUGUCUGACAUUUUCACGUGCGCCGUAUUUUGUAUUGCAUCAUAAUUUCAGUGAAUUUUUAUAACUAAAAAUGGGAAACGCAAGUGCUAAAGCUGCUGAUGUGAAGGUUUUGGAGGCUCCGGCUCCUGCCACUGCAGAAAAGCCGAAGUUAAAGCCAUGCUGCGCGUGCCCGGAGACCAAAAGAGUGCGAGAUGCUUGCAUCAUCGAAAAAGGUGAAGAAAACUGCGGUGACCUGAUUGAAGAACACAAGGCUUGCAUGAGAAAAAUGGGCUUUAACAUCUAAUAUCUCUACCAUACACAGUACCUAGUAUUGUACGAGACAUGCUAGUCAUAUCACUAAUGUUACAUUGAUGACAUCAUCGACACUCCCCAUCAUCAAUGUUCAUAACAAUUUUUAACUUGAUAUGACAUUCUUUUAUAAUUAUUUUAAAGAAGCAUGAUCUGUGUUAAACCAGCGUUAUAAUUCACAAAAAGACAACUUCCUACCAAAACAAGAAUUGUAAUAAUUUGGCAUUUACUGAACAGCUACGGCAUUGCAUCUACAUUAAAUACAUUGUAGAAAAUAUAAUGUAUCUAAAUCUUUCAAAAACAUUUUAAAAUUUAUAAUGAUGAUGCAUUUCUACUAUUCCAUUGCUUUUCAUAUAAAAAUCAAUUUUCAUGAAUAAUGAUGAUUUUAUUUCAAUUCUUUAGAUAAGACCUUUGAUUAAAUUGUGAUGUAUAGUUUUAGUAAUAUAACUUUAGUUAAAUAUUAGCAAUGGAUGAAUAGUAGAAGUUUAGGUUAUAGGUUUUCAUAAUUGUUUGCCCUUUUCAUUCAUAAUAAAUUUUCAAUAUGGGCCUCUUUUUGUCAUUCAUAUUUAUUGUUCAUGUCUACAUUGGAAUAAUCGCAUAAAAUUAAGAUCAUGUAAUUUGUAGAAACAUUUCACAACAUAUUUCCAAAUCUUGUUACUUUUCUGUUCAUUGAAUAUUCAAUAUUGUAGUUGGUGUUACUUAAAAUAUGACUUAAAUCA